AUGGAGAAAGCUCAGCUGCCCUUUGCCUCCUUCCAGAGGAAAGCUCUGGAGGUCCAGGAGUCCAAAGGUGUUUUGGCUGUAGCCCCCAUCCUUAUCAGUGCUGGACCCAGUAUUCAGUCCCCAUUCCUGGAACACGACACAGGGGUCAAGGUCCCCCGGCAGCUGGGGAAGGGCCCCAGCGCCUUCAUCCCCCUGGGAGAGAUCCUGCAGGAGGGCACGGAGAGCAGCCGGCACCAGCUCCUCAUCGAGGCCUGCGUCGCGGCGGGCAGGGUGGACAACAUCACAACGGUCAUGGGGCUGCACCCUCAGUAUCUCAGCAGCUUCUGGAAGACCCAGUACCUCCUGCUGCGCAUGGACGGGCCCCUGCCCUACCACAAGCGCCACUACAUUGCCAUCAUGGCAGCGGCCCGGCACCAGUGCUCCUACCUGGUGGGCUUGCACAUGGGGGAGUUCCUGCAGGUGGGGGGCAACCCAGCAUGGCUGCAGGGGCUGCACUGUGCUCCCCAAAAACUCCGCAACCUCAAUGAGAUCAACAAGCUGCUGGCGCACCGGCCCUGGCUCAUCACCAAGGAGCACAUUGAGGUGAGAGCUGAUGCUGCCGGUGUAGAUCCCCCACCCCCAAAACACUCUGGUUUUGGGGGGCCCAUGCUUUGCCAGGGUAAAGAUGCCAUGCAGGAGGUGGAGGUGCUGAUGGAGAGGAUGAAGCUGCUGCAGGAAAGCCAGCUGGAGGAGGAGGGCGUCACGCAGGAGGAGAUGGCGACACGCUUUGAGCUGGAGAAGACGGAGAGUUUGCUGGUCGCUCCCUCAGAUAUUGCGGAUCACUCCCUGCAGUCCAACGUCCUCUGCUUCGUGGAGGACCCCGAGUUCGGCUACAAGGACUUCACGCGCAGGGGCGAGCAGGCGCCCCCCACUUUCCGUGCCCAGGAUUACACCUGGGAGGACCAUGGCUACUCCCUGAUCAACCGCCUCUACCCCGACGUGGGGCAGCUCCUGGACGAGAAGUUCCAGGUUGUCUACAACCUGACGUACAACACCAUUGCCAUGCACUGCGGCGUGGACACCUCCAUGCUGCGCAGGGCCAUCUGGAACUACGUCCACUGCGUCUUCGGCAUCCGCUAUGACGACUAUGACUAUGGGGAGGUGAACCAGCUCCUGGAGCGCAGCUUGAAGAUCUACAUCAAGACAGUGGCUUGCUACCCGGAGAAGACGACCAAGCGGAUGUAUACGCAGUUCUGGAGACACUUCAAGCACUCAGAGAAGGUGCACAUCAACCUGCUCUUGCUGGAGGCUCGGAUGCAGGCGGCUCUGCUCUACGCCCUGAGAGCUGUCACCCGCUACAUGACCUGACAAGCCUCUGCUCCCUCCUCCUCCUCCUCCUGCCCUGGGUUUGGGGGAAAGGCCAGGGGGGAGCUGGCACCCUAAAGACUUUGCUGGAAUAUUGUCUCCCCUCUUAAGGGGCCUGGAGCUGUGGAAGGAAAGGGGGGGAUCCCAGGAGAGGGGAUCCCCAAGAAGCCGUCAGUGCUGAGAAGACCCCGGAGCUUGGCAGAGCUGGGGGUGCUCGAUAGGUCUGUGCCUCUUUUUGGGGUGAGCCUGAACGAAGCCAAACCAGGGUGCCUUUGGGUGCUGCCUUUGCCACGGGUGCUGCUGUGACACCUCUGUGCCACGUCCUGGCACCAAGACUGCCGCCGUGGGGGACUGUCCUCAUGCUGGAGAUUGCCAGAGGGUAUUGGGGGCUUUGCCUCUGCUUCUUGGGGGGGGGUCUCAUCGUGCUGGAAGAUGUGCAGCUGCUGGUGGGGAUGCUGCCCUGGCACCCCCUCCCCACCCUUGGCUCGCACCCAGGGAAGGCACUGCAGGAGCACUG